AUGGACAAGUGCAAUCCAGUUCACAACCCUAUGGUUCCUAGAUUCAAGCUUACAAAAAAUGGAGAAGGAAUGAGGAUUGACAAUACUUUCUAUAAGAAGAUUGUGGGAAGUCUUAUGUAUUUGACUGCCACUCAAUCGGAUGUUAUGUUUGUGGUGAGUCUCAUCAGCAGAUUUAUGGACUGCCCUACCGAACUUCAUUUGCAAUUAGCAAAGAGACUACUAAGGUACUUGAAAGGUACCAUUGAUUUUGGUGUGUUCUACAAGAAGGAAGGAAAUGAGGAGUUGAUUGGCUACACAGAUAGUGAUUAUGCUAGGGAUUUAGACGAUAGGAAAAGCACUUCAAGUUAUGUGUUUAUGUUGGGCUUAGGAGCAUUGUCUUGGUCCUCAAAUAAACAACCUAUGGUCUCCUUGUCCACUACUGAAGCUGAGUUUAUUGCUACAACUUCAUGUGUAUGUCAAGCAAUAUGGUUAAGAAGGAUAUUGGAAGGUUUCAGUCAUGCUCAACAUGAUUCUACAACAGUUUAUUGUGAUAACAGUUCAACAUUCAAGCUUUCUAAGAAUCUAGUGAUGCAUGGUCGCUGCAAACACAUUGAUGUUUGUUUUCAUUUUCUUCGUGAGCUUACAAAAGAUGAAAUUGUAAAGAUGGUUCAUUGUCAUAUGCGGGAACAAGUUGCUAAUAUAAUGACUAAACCUCUAAAGCUUGAUGCAUUUUUGAAAAUACUUGAUUUGUUGGGUGUUUGUUUGGAUCAUGGAGUAAACUGA